AUCUUUUAUUAUUUUUUAAUGUGUUUCUUGUCUUCCGUUUCAAACAUUUGAAUGCCAACAAGACAAAGUUUCACAUAUCAAAUGAAACUGCAGCUUCUACCUUGUCAAACCAAUAUUCAUCAAUCAUCAUUUCCUCAAAAUUAUCGAACAAAAACACCACUCAGCUACCUUGUUAUUCACCUCUCUUUCCAACACUAGCAUAGUUCUUCAUUCAUUAGAGACAAUUUUUCAUUGAGCACAUUAUUUAUUUCAUCACAUUUCAACUCUUUGAAGAAGCUGCUAGAGAGAGAGAGAGAGAAGGUGAUGGUGAUGAAGGAAAGAGAUGAAGAGCUUGCUUUGUUCCUUGAGAUGAGGAGGAGAGAGAAAGAGAAUGAAAAGAAUGACCUUCUACUUCUUCAAAACUCUGAGGAACUUGAUUUGUCCAACUUGGAAUCUAAUCAUGAAAACUCUAUGAUUUCCAAGAUGGUAUCUUCAGUUCCACCAAAGAAGACUGUGGUUGAAGAGUUCUUGAAUUCAGAGAAUGAUAAGUCUGAUUAUGAAUGGCUUCUUACACCACCUGAUACACCACUUUUUCCUACUUUAGACAAGGAGUCACAAAUGCCAUUGAAGAGUGAAACGGAGACUCACAGUUCUCGUCCAACUGCUUUAAAGCUAAGGGUAGAUAAUAUCCAAAUAGAACCUAGUUCAAGAAGCAAUGUAGUUUCUAAGCAUCAUGCAUCAAUGUCAAGUUUUGGUUCUUCCACUAAUGGCAGUAAGAGGAUUUCUUCGUCAAGGGGUCCAUCUCCAGCUACUUCAAGAUCUUCAACUCCAUCUGGAAGGCCAACAUUACCUUCAACAACGAAAUCCUCGAGGCCCUCUACGCCUACCUCGCGGGCCACAUUAACUUCUACGAAGUCUACAGCUCCACCAGUGAGAUCAUCAACUCCCACUAGACCCACUUCGAGGGCCUCAACACCUACUUCAAGGCCUUCCUUGACAGCUCCUAAGACAUCUCAAAGAUCAGCAACUCCUAAUAUUCGAUCAUCAACACCUUCGAGGACAUUUGGAGUAUCUGCUCCUCCUACUCGACCUUCAUCAACAUCAAAAGCACGCCCUGUUGUUGCUAAGAAUCCGGUGCAGUCACGUGGCAUCUCUCCAUCAGUAAAAUCUAGACCUUGGGAACCCUCACAAAUGCCUGGAUUUACUCAUGACGCUCCUCCAAAUUUGAAGAAAUCAUUGCCAGAAAGACCGGCUUCAGUCACUAGAAAUAGGCCUGGAGUUCCGAGUUCGAGAUCAGCUUCUGUUGAGGCGACUAGCAAUACUAAAUCUAGAAGGCAGUCUAAUACACCUUCGAAAGGACGUGCUUCAACCGGGUUCACUCACAAUAAUCAUAGCUCAUUGCAUGCUUUGAGUAGAGCUCGUUUCACCGAUGGUGACGAAGAUAGCCCUGUUGUAAUUGGUACAAAGAUGGUCGAAAGAGUAGUAAACAUGAGAAAACUUGCACCACCAAAGCAUGACGACCCUUGCGCCAACAACAAUUCAUAUGGCAAAUCUUCAUCUGGCAGCUCUGGAUUCGGAAGUACGCUUUCAAAGAAGUCUUUAGAUAUGGCAAUGAGGCAUAUGGACAUAAGGCGAAGCGUUCAGGGUAAUAUGCGGCCACAUGUGACAAGCAUUCCAGCUUCGUCUAUGUACAGUGUGAGAUCAGGUAGUUCAUCAAAGAGCAGAACAAUGAGUGUUUCUGAUUCGCCACAUGCCACAAGCAGCACUGCUAGCUCUGAACUAAGUGUAAAUAAUAACUCCAUAUCUUAUGGAAGUGAGAAUGAAAAAGAUUUUUAGAAGACGGUUUAUUCAAUCAUCACCACUAUAUGAUGGCCAAGGCAUGAUUAUUACUGCUUUUGUGAUUUUAUUUGUAUGUGGUGGAACAAAUAGCACAGAUAUUGGUGUGAUACCAUGUAAAUGUGGUAAUGGCAGAAAGUUUGUAGCAUAGCAGUUACCUUGAGACAUUUUAUGAACUUUGUUUGUGGUACAUCAAUCAUUGUGCUGAACAUUUUGAACUAUCAAUUGAUGAGCUUGUUCAAUUCUUACUUACUAAA